UGGCCUGGAGGUUGGGGGAGGGAAGAGAAUAGGACUGAUUAGCCUGACUUUAUCCCCACAGACAUAUGGUGGACAGCCGCUUACUACCAGGCAUCUUGAGCCUUCUCCCUUAGGAGACUGGAUCAUGUCCACGCUGGAAGGUGAGGAGGGAACACAUUGCCAAAACAGGAGACCUUGAGGACAGAUUUCUGCAUUGAUACAGUAACGUGGUGUUAUCAGGACGCGGCGACAUGUCUCUGACAGUGUUAUCCCGAGUGGCUGCCCUUCUUCUGCUGUUUGUGGCGUUGCUGCAUGCCUCUGCCCUGCCUGCUGUAUCCUCCUAUGAGUUCACUGCCUAUAGGAUGCAACAGUAUAACAUACAGCAGAAAAGACAUGGCUGUCGUGGUGCCAGAGUACAGGCGGAGGCCCGCUCGGCCGAUGAGCCAGUGUUAACGCGCCGCUGUGUCAUCAUGAAGCUGUUAGACUUCAGCAUCGAGCGAUACCUGGAGGCGCUGAGGCAGACAGCUGCCGCUGUUCUAAUCCUGCUCCCAAAAAACAUCUCCGCUGUCCACCAGGACAUCAUACAGAGCUUCAUGGUUGGUGAGAGCGAAGCGCUUCUGCGAGACACCAUCAUUCCUACAUAUGUGGUCCCAGAGGAUGAGCAGCUCCUCUUCAUGUACGAGGAGGUCAAGCACGCUGCGGCCACUCGCGCCUCCUCCAUACUGGUCCGAGUUCUCCGUAGUAUGGUCAUAGCCAGCGCAUUUCAAAUUCUUGUGACCAACACCAAACCAAUUAAGCCCAUCACUGACAACACAAUCACAACUCUGGAGGGUGUACUUCCUGGUGCUGGAGAAGAUUUGCCCACCAUCAUCAUCACCGCUCACUAUGACUCCUAUGGCCUUAGUCCAUGGCUGUCGUAUGGAGCAGACUCCAAUGGUAGUGGAGUCACCAUCCUGCUUGAGUUGGCCCGGCUCUUCCGGAAACUUUACAGCAGCACCCACAGCCAGCCUCCAUACCAUCUUCUUUUCUCUCUGACUGGUGGAGGGAAGUAUAACUUCAUUGGUACCAAAAAGUUUAUAGAGGAGAAUAUGGACCAUGCUGAGACCAGCCUCCUGCAUGACAACGUGGCAUUUGUCCUGUGUCUGGACACACUGGCCAAUGGAGAUGAGCUGUUCUUGCAUGUCUCCCGCCCCCCCAAACCUGGCACACCUCAGCACACCUUCGUACAGCAGCUGGAACUGGUGGUUUCUUCCCGGUUCCCUUGGGUGAAACUUGGAAUGGUCCACAAGAAGAUCAACCUGGGGGAGACUACUGUGGCUUGGGAGCACGAGCGCUAUGCCAUACGAAGGAUCCCGGGCUUCACAUUGUCUCACCUGGGGGACCCCAAAGCCGAGCUCAGAGGCUCCAUCCUGGACACUAUGUUGCAUGUGGAUUUGAGAAAAAUGAAGCGCAACGCCAUCAUUAUUGCAGAAUCAUUGGCUCGGUUUAUGUAUAAUCUCUCUGACAAGGAUUCCCCAAAAGACAUACAGGUCUUCAAGGGACAAAUGGAAUUUCAGGACAGUCGCAUGUCCACACUCAUGUCUCUGCUGGCGUCCCUCCCACGGGCCAUGCAGCUGGACAAGGAACCAAAGAACGCCCUUCUGGUCAACUCUCUGGAGCAUGAGCUGAGGCACUAUCUGCACCAGGUUCACAGACACACCUUCCGCCAAGACAAGAGGGAUCCUGAGCUUACCUUCUUUGACCAAAUGGAGCAGCCAAUGAUGAUGUACAGAAUAAAGCCAGCAGCCUUUGACCUUUUCCUUGGUGGCUGUAUAGCAGCAUAUCUAGGAACAGUCUACUAUGCCAUCCAGAAUUUUGAAUAUCUCUACACAAAACUGAAAGCAGCUGUCAAGUCCAAACAACAGUAAGGUUGUGACCACUGACACCCUGGAAGACAACAGAGCUGUGUUUAUGAUGCCCAAAGGAAAAAAAAAUAUUAGACAACUGAGACUGGCUGUGCUUUAACAUCUGCAUUGCUUGCUUUUUGUACUUUUAGGCUGGGUGUUUUUACAAGCAGUUUACAAUGCUGAUGUGAAAAGCCUUUAUGAAAUAUAUAGAGUUAGAAAAUGCUACUUUUUCAAAUCUUUUUCAACUCGUUUAAUCUAUUUUGUGUUGAUUAAAUAGAAUCUCUAUGAAUAA